AUGUCUCAAGAUCUAGAUACACUAGCGGUGAACACGAUCCGUGUUCUAUCGGUGGAUACAGUUGAAAAAGCAAACUCAGGUCACCCAGGUGCACCAAUGGGCAUGGCACCAGCAGCACAUGUGUUGUUUUCAAAGAUGAAGUUUAAUCCAAAGGACCCAGAGUGGCCCAACAGGGACCGGUUUGUGCUCUCGAACGGUCACGCAGUUGCCCUCUUGUACACAAUGCUCCACUUGACGGGUUACGACCUCAGUAUGGAGGACUUGAAGCAGUUCAGGCAGCUUGGAUCGAAGACGCCAGGCCACCCGGAGGCACACACGCCGGGUAUCGAGGUGACAACGGGACCAUUGGGCCAGGGAGUUGCGAAUGCGGUCGGUUUGGCCAUCGCCCAGGCCAACGUGGCAGCAACGUACAACAAGCCGGACUUCGUGGUGUCUGACAACUACACAUACUGCUUCUUCGGAGACGGGUGCAUGAUGGAGGGCAUCUCGCACGAGGCGUGCUCGUUGGCGGGCCACUUGAAGUUGGGCAAGUUGAUUUGUUUCUACGACGACAACAAGGUGUCGAUCGACGGAUCGACGAAGCAGGAGUUCGACGAGGACGUCGCCAAGAGGCUUGAGGCAUACGGCUGGGAGGUGAUCGAGGUUCCGAACGCAGACACGGACACGGGGGCGAUUUUGGCCGCCUUGGAGAGGGCAAAGAAGACGGAUGAUAGGCCAACGUGCAUCAAGAUGCACACUACCAUCGGAUACGGAUCGCAGAAGCAAGGCACUGCAGGCGUGCACGGGUCGCCUUUGAAGCCGGAGGACGUGGCGCAGUUGAAGCAGAAGUGGGGCUUUGACCCGGCCAAGAGCUUCGAUGUUCCAGAGGAGGUGUACCGGUACUACCGCGGGGUGGCGGCAGCCGGAGCGGAGGCGGAGUCGCGGUGGCAGGACAACUUCGCCCGGUACUCGAAGAAGUACCCGGAGUUGGCUGCGGAGUACGCCCGCAGACAGGCGGGUAAGCUUCCAGAGGGCUGGGAUUCGGUGUUGCCGGUUUACACGGCAGCAGAUCCCAAGGUGGCCACCCGGAAGCUCUCCGGGGAUGCGAUUGCAGCGAUCGUGGCGAAAGUGCCGGAGGUGAUUGGUGGAUCGGCCGAUUUGACGCCAUCCAACAACACCCGGUGGGCCGCUGCCAGGGACUUCCAACCGGCCUCGUCGGGCCUGGGAGACUACUCCGGUAGGUACAUCCGGUACGGAGUCCGGGAGCACGCCAUGGGGGCCAUUAUGAAUGGCCUCUCAGCAUACGGGCUCAACUUCCGGCCGUUCGCGGGCACAUUUUUGAACUUUGUGUCCUACGCCGCCGGAGCAGUGCGUCUCUCCGCACUCUCAGGCCACCCGGUGGUCUGGGUUGCCACGCACGACUCCAUCGGGCUCGGGGAGGAUGGUCCAACGCACCAGCCCAUCGAGACAUUGGCCCACUUCCGGGCCAUGCCUAAUUUGAUGGUGUGGAGGCCUGCGGACGGAAACGAGGUGUCUGCCGCCUACAAGACGGCUCUGGAAUCGAAGAACACACCUUCCAUAGUGUGUCUCACCAGGCAGGGCCUCCCGGAGCUUGCCGGCUCGUCCGUCGAGAAGGCCGCCCGCGGGGGUUAUGUAGUCCGCGAAGCCUCGGCCUCGACCGCCGGUUUGGUGCUGGUGGCCACGGGCUCCGAGGUCUCGCUCGCUGUAGAUGCCGCCGGGCUGCUCGAGGCUGAGGGAAUCCCAACGAGAGUCGUCUCGUUGCCUGAUUUCUUCACCUUCGACCAUCAGCCUGCCGAGUACAGGAAGGCCGUUCUUCCCGACGGCGUUCCUAUUCUCUCGGUCGAGGUGUUGUCCACCUUCGGCUGGGGAAAGUACUCGCACGUGCAUCUGGGCCUUGACCGGUUCGGUGCCUCGGGCAAGGGCCCCGAGAUCUUCAAGCGGUUCGGUUUCACUGCCGAGGGAAUCGCCCAAAAGGGAAAGCAGACUGUGCAGUUCUUCAAGGGCAAGCAGGUCAUUUCUCCUUUGAGUGCUCCGGACUUUGCUGUCAGGCAGUGA